AUGCUUGGCGAGGAGGAGCUAUGGGGCCAGGAAGACGAGGACCGCAGGGUAGGUUUGGCAAUCCAGCUGGGGAAGAAAGAGAAGAAAGGGCUCCUACCACAGCACUUCUCCAUCCCCAGCCGUGACCAGUCCCUCUCUUUGCAAGGGAAUGGUUCUAGAACUCUGGGGUCGGAUUUCUUUAGUACAGAACCUGCUAAGGCCAUCAAACCUAUUGAUCGGAAGUCAGUCCAUCAGAUUUGCUCUGGGCCAGUGGUACUGAGUCUAAGCACUGCGGUGAAGGAGUUAGUAGAAAACAGUCUGGAUGCUGGUGCCACUAAUAUUGAUCUAAAGCUUAAGGACUAUGGAGUGGAUCUCAUUGAAGUUUCAGACAAUGGAUGUGGGGUAGAAGAAGAAAACUUUGAAGGCUUAACUCUGAAACAUCACACAUGUAAGAUUCAAGAGUUUGCCGACCUAACUGAGGUUGAAACUUUCGGCUUUCAGGGGGAAGCUCUGAGCUCACUGUGUGCACUGAGCGAUGUCACCAUUUCUACCUGCCACGCAUCGGCGAAGGUUGGGACUCGACUGGUGUUUGAUCACGAUGGGAAAAUCAUCCAGAAAACCCCCUACCCCCACCCCAGAGGGACCACAGUCAGCGUGAAGCAGUUAUUUUCUGCACUACCUGUGCGCCAUAAGGAAUUUCAAAGGAAUAUUAAGAAGGUACAGUAAAUUAAUCCUGGUUUUCAAGAGUAUUGGUUAAUGCACAUGAGCAAAAGAUUUACUAAAGAUGUUUAUUCUUCAGUUGAUUCUCUUGCCAUAAUCUAUUGAGAAAUGCUUUAUUUGCAUUUCUCGUUAAAGACUUAACAUUAAAGACUUAACUUUAGGGUGAUUUACUUUUUUCUUUUCAUCACAUAGUGUUUAUUAGGACUGGGCAACAUAGUGAGACUCUGUUUCUAUGAAAAAUAAAAAAAAAAAUUGACUGGCCAUGGUGGCAUCCACCUGUAGUUCCAGCUACUUGGGAAGCUGAAGUGGGAGAUUCACUUGAGCCCAGAAACUUGAGGCUGCAGUGAGCUAUGAUUGCGCCACUGUAUUUCAGACUGGGAGACAG